UCGAUCAAAGUCAAGUAAUAAAGUUACUUUUUGCAGAUAAACGCUUGUAUGUACAUGUUGUAAUAAGACAACACGUGUUCCACGGAAACGUUUGCAAUUCCGAAAAUAAGCAAAAUUUUAGAUAUAAUGCCGUUGGCAACUCUAACGGCUCCUUGGACCGAGCAUCGUACAAAUGAAAAGCAAAGUACAGAGAUUCUUCCAGCUGAAAAUCAGGAAGAAACAAUGAUUACUCAAGGAAAUUUAAUUGAAAGAUCAAAUGGUUGCUCAGAAUCUCAUGAAAUUGAAGUACGCGACAUGGCGAGGGAUGGUUAUGAGAAAGCGGAACCAUCUCAUUUUGAAUUAUUAAAAGUACUUGGUCAAGGAUCCUUUGGCAAAGUAUUUUUAGUAAGAAAAGUUGUUGGAAAAGAUAGCGGGACUCUGUAUGCUAUGAAAGUCUUGAAGAAGGCGACCUUAAAAGUUCGUGAUAGAGUCAGAACCAAAAUGGAGAGAAAUAUAUUGGUAGAUGUAGAACAUCCAUUUAUUGUUCGGCUACAUUAUGCUUUUCAAACCGAAGGGAAGCUUUAUUUAAUUCUAGAUUUUCUAAAAGGUGGUGAUCUCUUUUCCAGAUUGUCUAAAGAGGUAACGAGUGUUGCUUGGAAAUGGCUAGAUUUCAAUGUUGCCUAUACUUUUUGA